AUGGCAGAAUUCACAAGCGAUCAUUCAUUGGAACCAGACGCAAUAAAAGAAGAGCAGACGGCUAUUCAAAAUGACAUAAAAACAAUUUUCAAGGAGCUAAUUUUUUUGAAGAAAAGAGUGGCAAACUUAGAAACACAGCUUUUGCGGGAAUCUUGUGCUUUGUGUAACGAAAACCUGUGUGAUGUACCAGAUCCACAUGCUGUACUUCAACCAACACCAGAACUUUGA